ACCCCGCCCUCCGGCUCUCGGCUCUCGGCGCCCGCGCCCAGCGCACCCGGACGCUCGUCGGCUCCCGCGGUGGCCCCCAGGCUAUGGGUCUGGGGCCUACCCCGUCCCCCCGGGAGGCCGCCCGUCUGCGACGUGACGGGCCGCCCAGACGAGGCCGAUGGUCACCAUGGGCCAGUGCUACUACAACGAGACCAUCGGCUUCUUCUACAACAACAGUGGCAAGGAACUCAGCUCCCACUGGCGGCCCAAAGAUGUGGUUGUGGUGGCCCUGGGGCUGACAGUCAGCGUGCUGGUGCUGCUGACCAACUUGCUGGUCAUCGCAGCCAUUGCUUCCAACCGACGCUUCCACCAGCCCAUUUACUACCUGCUUGGCAACCUGGCCGCGGCUGACCUCUUUGCUGGUGUGGCCUACCUCUUCCUUAUGUUCCACACUGGCCCUCGCACGGCCCGGCUCUCGCUGGAGGGCUGGUUCGUGCGGCAGGGCCUGCUGGACACCAGCCUGACGGCAUCAGUGGCCACACUGCUAGCCAUCGCCGUGGAGCGGCACCGCAGCGUGAUGGCUGUGCAGCUGCACAGCCGCCUGCCCAGAGGCCGAGUCGUCAUGCUCAUCGUGGGGGUGUGGGUGGCUGCACUGGGCCUGGGGCUGCUGCCGGCCCACUCCUGGCACUGCCUCUGUGCCCUGGACCGCUGCUCACGCAUGGCCCCCCUGCUCAGCCGCUCCUAUCUGGCUGUCUGGGCCCUGUCCAGCCUGCUUGUCUUCCUGCUCAUGGUGGCUGUCUACACCCGCAUUUUCUUCUAUGUGAGGCGGAGGGUGCAGCGCAUGGCAGAGCACGUCAGCUGCCACCCGCGAUACCGAGAGACCACACUCAGCCUGGUCAAGACCGUUGUCAUUAUCCUGGACUUCCAGGCAGAGGGAACAGAAGGUGAGAGUCCCGCAGGACUGGGCUGUGCCUCCAAAGAGGAGAGGAGGCCCGUGUGGCUGGAGAGAAGCAGGAGAAAAGGUCAGCACCGCCUCGAAGGGCACAGGGGCGUUCGUGGUCUGCUGGACUCCAGGCCAGGUGGUGCUGCUCCUGGAUGGUCUGGGCUGCAAGUCCUGCAACGUCCUGGCGGUGGAGAAGUAUUUCCUACUCCUGGCCGAGGCCAACUCACUGGUCAACGCCGUGGUGUACUCGUGCCGAGAUGCUGAGAUGCGCCGCACCUUCCGCCGCCUCCUCUGCUGUCUGUGCCUACGCCGGUCCACCCACGAGUCUGCCCGCUAUGCACCCUCCGCCCGAACAGGUGCCAGCACUCGCAUCAUGCUUCCUGAGAAUGGCCACUCCUUGAUGGACUCCACCCUUUAGCCGACCUGGGACUUCAGUGGGGUGCUGCAAAUGCCAGAUUAUGGCCUCCGACCACUGGUGAAUGCACCUGGCUCUACCUAAGCUGCAGGACAGACCUUCAGUCUGCUAUGGCACAACUCCACUGCCAGCCUGCCCCAGGGCCUGGGGGAGUGGGGUCAUCUCCCAAUGCCCAGGAGAGAGUCAGAAGGGAUUCAGGAAUCUGCCCUUCAAUCAUCUCAGGUUGUGGGGGUUUUUAACCGACAUUUUCUAUUUUUACCACUCAUCCCUGGUAAACCCUGUGGACUACUUCCCUGUCUGUGGUGGUGUGGGUGUUUAAGAUGGGAGAGAUGAGAGCCCUCUCAGGCCACUCUGCUCAGUGCGACAGAGUGACAAGGAUGGACCAUGGAUGCGCUAUCUGCCUGAAUCUGAUUCUUCAGGGGUGCAGACUGAGGGGUGCUGAGCAUGAGCUGGGAAAAGGUUUGUGGACCCUUGCAGCCUCUGGGGUCCUGCCUGUCCCUAUUAGAAUUGAGGAGUUUGUGGGGAGAACGUGCUAUAAGGAGUAAACCUUUCUCUCUGCUGAGGUCUCCAGA